CUACACAACUUUCCCUCUCGUUCUAGCCUUCUAGGAGACGAGAGAGGAAGAAGGCGGAGCAUAAUCCAAUACAACGACGUCCGGUUAAUGUACGCCGGUGCCGUUUGAAGCACACUCUCUCUCUGUAUUAUCUCUACAAUCCUGUGCAAUGAGAAUAACUCUCACACUGAUCGUCGUUUGUCAUCUUUGUUUCCUUUCUCUCGUCACUCACUAUUUUCCUCUCGUUGCUGCCGACGAAUCGGGCUCUGACUCGGUGGCGAAUGAGAUUAAUGGCACUGCCGAUUCAAACACGACGCAGUCUAGAUCCAGGGAGGAUAGCUUUGCUGGGAUGCUCGAUCGGGCUCUUGAGAAGGAGUUCCCCGAGAACGAACAGAAUGAAGCAAAUGAUUCUGGGAGUUUCAACAAUAGUGUCUCAGGACAGAAGGCAGUGGAGGAAACUGUUGCUAGAUUUAUUGCGAAGAAUGAUACUAAAGUGGAGAAAUCAUUUCAGUUUCACGAUGUUUUCAAUUUGGACAACGAGAAUGGGGCAGAAGACACACCGACAUUGAUCGAUCGAAAGGAUAAUGUUUUUAUCAUGUCCAAUCGAAAGUCAAAGUAUCCGGUACUACAACUAGACCCAAGAUUGAUAUCAGAUCUGGUAGUUGUUAUUGUCUUCGCAACUUGUGGUGGAAUUGCUUUUGCAUGUGCAGGACAACCGGUUAUUACUGGAUAUCUGCUGGCUGGAUCUGUUAUUGGGCCUGGGGGAUUGAGUUUUGUAAACGAAUUGGUGCAAGUUGAAACGGUGGCUCAAUUUGGUGUAAUUUUUCUUCUAUUUGCAUUGGGUUUGGAGUUUUCCACAAAGAAGCUUCGUGUUGUUCGAGCAGUUGCUGUUUUAGGUGGAUUGCUGCAGAUUUUCCUGUUCAUGUGCAUGUGCGGCAUAACAGCAUCAUUAUGUGGUGCUAAGCCUUCGGAGGGGAUAUUUGUUGGCGUGCUCUUGUCAAUGUCUUCUACUGCUGUGGUGUUGAAAUUUCUGAUGGAAAGAAAUAGUAUAAAUGCCCUUCAUGGUCAGGUGACAGUUGGUAUUCUUAUCCUGCAGGAUUGUGCUGUGGGUUUGCUGUUUGCUUUGCUUCCUGUUCUUGGAGGCUCAUCUGGUGUUCUUCAAGGAGUAAUAUCCAUGACUAAGUCGUUGAUGGUGCUUAUGACAUUUUUGGCCACUUUGACAAUAUUAUCUCGCACUUGCAUACCAUGGUUUCUGAAGCUUAUGAUAAGCCUAUCAUCACAGACUAAUGAGCUAUAUCAAUUGGCAUCAGUGGCUUUCUGCUUGCUUGUUGCGUGGUGUAGCGAUAAGCUGGGUCUGAGUCUUGAGCUUGGUUCCUUUGCUGCGGGAGUAAUGAUAUCAACAACUGAUCUUGCUCAGCAUACCCUUGAACAAGUUGAGCCCAUUCGAAACUUCUUUGCCGCUCUCUUUCUUGCCAGCAUUGGGAUGUUAAUACAUGUUCACUUUCUUUGGAAUCACGUUGAUAUUUUACUAGCAGCUGUACUGUUGGUGAUUCUUAUAAAAACGGUUGUGGUGGCCGCUGUUGUCAAGGGAUUUCGAUACAAUAACAAAAACUCACUUCUUGUUGGAAUGUCUUUGGCGCAGAUUGGAGAAUUUGCAUUUGUUCUUCUUAGUCGUGCCUCUAAUCUUCGUUUAGUUGAGGGUAAAUUGUAUCUACUUCUUCUAGGCACAACGGCUCUCAGUCUGGUUACUACCCCAUUGCUUUUCAAGCUGAUACCUACUGUUGUACAUCUUGGGGUGCUCUUGAGGUGGUUCCCUCCUGAUAGUCCAAUUGAGAUUGGAUACAAAGGAGAUAACUUUCGCCCAGACAGCGCUAAACAUGUUGCUUUGAUGGUCCGUGACGAUCAUGAUUCAUGAUGUUAAAACAACUAAUUAAUCACAGAAAUUCAAAGUUCAAUAUUGACCCUGCUGGUAUUUUUACUCACAAGCAACGAUGCUUGGAAGUCCAGACGGCUUUGACAAGGUGAACAGUUAUAUGCGCUAGCAAAUAUCAUUCUUCCUGUAUCAUCUUCUCCGCAUGCAUUUCUUGGCAGAAGUUGAUCUUUAUUCCAACUGAAAAAGAAAUCGUGAUACUGUUUACUCAGAUCCAUAUCCUAACACAAGUUGGCUUUCUGCUUCAGGUCAGUGUAUUACUCUCCAAUCAACCUGUUUUGUGUAAAAUAAGGGUCCAAUUUUGUAAAUUCUAAAUUUCUACGGUAGAUUUUUUUUAAAUUUAGUUUAUAUAUAUAUUCUUUUCUCUUGCCCCCAUUUUGUAAUAAGAGAUCAGAAACAAACUAAAAUGUACCAAAUUUCCUCAGUACCACGAUAUGUAAAUGCAAUUUUUUUUUCUCGUUUAUUAUGUUUUGAAUACUGUCUUUGUUUGAUA